GGUGCUUUAAGAAGAGAAAAUAGGUUAGGUGUGGAAUCGUGUCGCAGGGCGGACGUGAAAAUCUGAGGAAAUUUCAGAAGAAAGGGAGAAGAAACGCGAUAUCAUUUGUUGCCGCACGAAAACCGCCGCGGGAAUGCCGAAGAAGAGCAAGAUGUGGUUUUAUUUUAAGAGGUUAGACGACAGUACGGUGUCGUGCAAUUUGUGCAACAAGCACGUCAAGUCUUCCGGAAACACGACCAACAUGAUGAAACAUUUGAAUACGCAUAACAGAGACGCUAGUACAGACGAAAAGGACAACAAGUCUGAGGAACUGGAAUCGUGCACAAAGAAGAAGGCCACUAAGCAUAUACUUUACACCCAUUGGCCGGAAUUUGAAAACCCUGAUAACACUAAUUCUUCACAUCCUGGGACGAGUUUUGAGGCUGACGAGGAGCAAAAACCACUUCCUGUACAAAUGAAUGCAUCGCCUAUAGUCGCGGCUUUGGAAAAGAUGACCCGUUAUUCCGAUGACGGGGAUCGCUAUAUGCAGAUAACAGAUUCUAUCCUUUACUUCAUCUGUACCGACAACCAACCAUUCAGUAUCAUCCAAUGUAAGGGCUUCAAGCAUUUGAUGAACGAGCUCGUGCCGCUUUACAAAAUACCCGAUAAAGACACAAUGAAGAAGAGGCUGGACGAGAAAUACGACGUGGUGGCGCAUAUGUUCAAGCAAAAACUGAGCGAAGCGUCAUACGUGACCGUCUCUACUGAAAUUUUGACCGAGACAGCGCCCUCUAGAAGCUACUUGCGAGUGGCGGUGCAUUUCAUAGCGAGCGGAAGCAGAAAACUGGAGUCGGGCGACAUCGAGGUCAUCGAGUUGCUCGAACACACGGAAUAUUACAUAAGAUACACCCUGGUGAACGCCCUGACGAAGUGGGGCAUCGACACCGGCAAGAUCGUCGCGGUUGUGACGAAUAACGAGCCGAGCAUGGUCAAUGCAGUCACGCAGACCUUCGGUAAGGACAAGCACAUAAUCUGCUUCGCUCACACUAUCAACCUGGUGGUGGAGAACUCCAUGAAGAGCUGCGAAGGCCUCGACGACGUCAUCGAGCAGGUGAGAGCGCUCGUGAAAUUCGCGAAGAGCAAUGUUCACGUGAGCAACGAGCUGUGUCAACGGCAGGUGAACGCGGGCACGCCUGAGACCGAGGCCAAGAAGCUCAUCUUGGACGUCAAAGCCAAGUGGAACACCACGUUCCACAUGAUCGAACGAUUCGUCGAGUUGUGGAACACGCUCGGCGUGAUCCUCUACACGAAGCACGAGACUCCCAGGACACCCACCGCCGACGAACUGGUCACCCUGAAGGAGAUCCUCGACCUGCUGAGGCCGUUGGAGUUCGUGGCGCAGGAAUGUUCAACGGAGAGAUAUCUCGCGGUCUCGAAGGUGAUACCGCUCAUCAGUUGCGCCCUGACCGAGUACAAGAGGAGCACGCAGACGAAGCGACUGUCGCAGAAGCUGAAGGAGGCGAUCUUGGCCGAACUGGACGGGAGAUUCGGCCGCAUCGAGUUCGUCAACGCGGCCUCCUUCGCCACGAUACUCGAUCCCCGCUUCAAGAACAUACACUUCCGUGACGCGCAAGCUCUGGCCGAGAUCGUGUACCUGUUGCGCGACACGAUCGGCGAACUGUCGCACGCGAGCUCGUCCGGCGAGGCGAACGCCGAGCAGGAGUCCAAGUACGACCUCUGGAUUCACCACAGACUCUUGGCGCACAAGCCGAAGGAGGAGGACGAUGACGCGUCGCUCAAGGACGAGCUGUUCCUGUACCUGGCCAGCCCGCUCGCCUCCCUGAAGGACGAGCCCCUGGAGAAGUGGGAGAGCAUGAAGGCGCUGCAUCCCACGUUGUACAAGGUGGCGGCCAAGUACCUGUCGAUCGUCGCCACGUCCGUUCCCGCGGACAGCCUGUUCUCGAAAACGGGGGCCCAGCCGAGGGACCGAGCGGCCGGCAAGAGAUUGCACAAGCUGCUAUUCCUGAACUCGGUGGAUCCGGAAUACUGGUUCCAGUGAAUCGACCAAGCCGAUCUACUAUUUUUUUACUCAUUACGUCGGCUCUCAGAGAGCCCUAGUGACCGAUGAACCGCAACUUCGCGGAUAAUUACACGUAUCGCAUCUUCCCGUGGCGAGAAUCCGAAGCUUGUCCCACGAAAGAGAAGACAUGUACACACUCUCGCGAUGUAUAAAUUGUGUCUGGUUGUUAUGUGUGUGUAACAGUUAAGAGUUGACAUUACGCAGCGACAUUAUUUUUCUAAUAAAGAGCUGACGUCUUCGUCGCAGCCAUUGCCGUUUCAUCGUCGAUUCGUUAUUGCCGCGACUGCUUUGUUUACCCGGGACCUCUUAUCGCGCUGAUAAUAAUGUCGAUUCUUCUGAAGGGAAAAACAUUGCCGUUAGAUCUGACAUCAUCAACUGCCGAUGGCUCUUUAGAGAAUUCUAUCGGGAGACGUUUUCGAAAGCUGAUACAUCGGUGGCGAAAAAGUACUCGAGUAAACUGUCGACGGUACCGGAAGGAAGCUAUCGGUCGGUA